CACGGACGUGGCCCGUCUUAAUCUUACGACUGUGUAGCGAAAAUCCUGAGAAAAUCCCACAGAAGACAGUGAAAUUGCCGUUUUAUUCGAAGAGCAUACUGAAUAAGAAGAUGGUGCUGUUAGCAGCUGCCAUUUGCACCAAGAGCGGGAAGGCUCUUGUUUCCCGCCAGUUCGUUGAGAUGACCAGAUCUCGUAUCGAGGGGCUCUUGGCAGCGUUUCCAAAGCUGAUGAACACGGGCAAGCAGCACACGUUUGUGGAGACCGAAAGCGUGAGAUACGUCUACCAGCCUCUGGAGAAGCUCUACAUGCUUCUCAUAACUACGAAGACCAGUAACAUCCUUGAAGACUUGGAAACUCUUAGGUUAUUUUCCCGUGUGAUUCCUGAGUACUGCAGAGCGAUGGAAGAAAGUGAAAUCCUCGACCAUUCAUUUGAACUUAUAUUUGCCUUUGAUGAAAUCGUUGCCCUUGGUUAUCGGGAGAGCGUGAACCUAGCUCAGAUCCGUACAUUCACUGAGAUGGACUCGCAUGAAGAAAAGGUCUAUCAAGCUGUCAGAGAGUCUCAAGAGAAAGAGGCUAAGCAGAAGAUGCAGCAACGAGCGAGGGAGCUCGCCAAACAGAGGCAGGAGGCCAUGAGGUCAGGCAAGAGAGGCUAUGGCAGCGGGGGUUAUGGGUCAUCAAGCUCAUCAGGGAUGUCAUCGAUGUCCAGCUCAAUGACAAUCGUCACGCCAGAGAAACCUAUCGAACCAUCAAAGCCUAUCAAACCAUCGGGUACGGGCAAGGCCAUGAAGCUUGGCAAGUCUACGAAGAGUACAGACAUCUUUGUUGAUAAACUCAGAUUAGAAGGGGAAGAGGUCACAUCAAAUGCCCCCAAGAGCAGACAAUCCUCAAACGUCGCCAAAACCAUCACACCUGCCAGUAAAACAGAAGGAAUUCACAUAAGAGUGGAAGAGAAGAUGACCGUCUCGACAGGUAGAGAUGGAGGUCUCCAGACCUUCGAUGUACACGGUAUGAUCACACUUCGUAUCUCAGAUCAGAAAUAUGGAAAGAUCAAGAUCGGAGUAGCAAACAAUGAUGACAAAGGAGCUCAAUUACAGACGCAUCCCAACGUGGACAAGAAAUUAUUUGCAUCUCAAUCGUACAUCGGCAUGAAGAUACCUGACAGACCGUUCCCAGUUAAUAACGACGUCGGCGUUCUCAAGUGGAGACUUCAAUCAUCAGAUGAGACAUUGAUCCCCUUAUUAAUUAACUGCUGGCCAUCACCUAACAAUGAGGGCGGUUGUGAUGUCAAUAUAGAAUAUGAGCUCUUACAAGAAGAGAUGGAACUUCAAGAUGUGGUCAUCAACAUACCUGUGCCAUCUGGUGUUGGCGCCCCCAAGGUCAGUGAGGUAGAUGGUAACUACAAGCACGAUUCAAGACAUAACAUGCUAGAGUGGAGCUUGCCCGUCAUUGAAACCAGCAACAAGACCGGUAGUAUGGAGUUUGCCAUUGCUGGUCAACCCGAUGAUUUCUUCCCCAUUACUGUCAGUUUUAUCUCCAGGAAAUCAUACUGUGAUAUUCAGGUUGAGGAUGUUUUAUCAGUGGAAAGUGACCAGCCAGUCAAGUUUUCAUCGGACAUUGCCCUUCUUGUGGACAAGUAUGAAGUUGUAUAAAACCAGACACUCCACAUAUCAAAAUGUAAUAUUGCCCAUCAUAUAUUGUACAGGAGUCACUUUUCUUGUACCAUGUAACCCAAACAAUCAGGAAUUUACAGUCGCCGCUACUGAAUGCCAGUGGGUUAGUAGCAAAAACUAUUGCCUAUCAUUAGGACCAUAGACUCGUCUUUUUUGCUGUUUUUCAUAUGGGUCAUCGUCAGAAUUCUUUGAAGGGUUGUCAGGGCACUGUCAUUAACCCUCAUUUUGGACGGUCUUGACCCUGGUCCUGAGUUAUAAAUACUACAUUGAAAUAAAUAAUCUCCUAUUCCCAUAUUUCAAGCCCCAGCGGUUCCUUCCUCUGGUACCCGGCCUUGCUGAUGUUGUCUGGCUUCUGUGUCCCACAGAAGAAAAGGUAUUGCAAUAUACGUUUUCUGUAUUUGUGUGGUAUUGCGAUGUACUUUGUUGAAGAGUGGACAUUAUGUCUCGAUUGUCAUGUAAUUAUAAUUAUUAUUAUAUGCAUGGCAUGCUUCAAGAUAUACAUGUUUAUCGUGUAUUCCAGACUGAAGAAGGAUGUGAUGUGGAUGGUAUCAGGUAUUUUACAGUAUUCCGGUUUAAAAAAGAACACUGAUUGAUUGUAAUUAGCAAUCAAUGUAUUCAUUGUACAUGAUUAAAUAUUUAUGCCACUUUACUGAAUCCUUAUCAAGUAAUAGAUUGCAUCACAUUAAAGGAGAAUGAAACUCUUGGAGCAAGUUAGCUUUUGUGAAAGCAGAAAAAUCAAAGAAUAAGAUCAACAAAAGUUUGAGUAAAAUAGGACUAGCAAUAGAAGAGUUAUGAGCAUUUGAUUGUCGAGAUCACUAAUGCUAUGGAGAUCGUUCCAUUGGCAAUGCGACCAAGAUCUAUGAUGACACAGAUGAACAACUCUCCCCUUUUGGACACUGAAAAUAUACCCCAAAACAUCUCUUUUUGCUCAUUCUAAUCAUAUGACAAACGAUUCAUCAAUGAUAUAAUGUUGUGAAACCUCUGUACUUGUCCUCUCAUAAAGAGAACACCUCACCUUGUGAUAGACUCUACAAAAGUGAGAAUAUAAGUGAAAUAAGUACUAAAGUAAUGAGGGAGUUGUACGUGUGUGACAUCACAGAUCUUGGUCGCAUUGCCAAUGGGAGGAUCUACAUGGCAUUAGUGAUCUCAAUAUUCAAAUGCUCAUAACUUUCUUAUUAUUCAUUCAAUCUUCCUCAAACUUUCAACAAUAUGUUUCUUUGAUUUUUUUCUUUGAUAUGGAUUCAGCUGGUUUCAAGGGUUUCUCCUUUAAGUAUUUAUGCCAUUUUACUGAAUUCUUAUCAAGUAAUAGAUUGCAUCACAUUAAUGUGUGUCUCUAGUUUUUCUCUUCGAUCUUUUUAAAGUCGUAUCCAACUCAAUGAAGAGCUGUAUGAAACAUGAUUCAGAUGUGGGUCCUCUUUCAUGAAGCACUGUAUACAUGGCAAGGAAGAAGCUUCUGUUAUAAGCUUCUGAAAUCCUGUAAUUUCAUUGGAUGAGAGUAAAUCUGACAUACUUAAACUAGUUUAUGACAAAAGGCCUCCUUUAUUUAUUCUGAUUUUUAGGGUUACAUGGUACAGGUACUUCUGUUGUUAUUUUUUCUUUUGUGUAAAUAAAUAUUAGAAUAAUAUUAUCAUAACAAUUGUAGAAUUGUACUUUACUUCAUUCCAAAACUAAAGUAAAUGUACUUCAUACAUUGACCUUUUUCAUAUUAUUUCUUAAUUUAUUGAGUUCCAGGAUGUGAAAGGAAAGAUUUAUGUUCCAACAUGCUGAGUUUCUUAAAUAUUUUUCUUAAAAGCAUGAUUUCAUGUUUGAAGAAAAGAAGUAAAUCUUUGGGUUUUUCCUAGUGGGCACAGUUAUGAACCAAUACUGUAUGUGUAAAUAAACUAAAUAUAUGAACACAUUAAUAGGGACUACUUUGUGUUCUGAUGCAGAAAUAUUAAUUAUUUGAUCGAAAAUAUUUUCCCAUAACAUUGCUGUCUCGUUAUUUCUCCAGUUUCUUUUGUAUUUCUUCUGAUUAUGUUUGAAUUAAUUCCGCCAUUGUUCCUAUUCAACUACUGUAAAUGAUAUAUAGAGGAGAUAGGAACGUACUUGUCGGUUUGUCUAAAUAACCUUUGUAUGAAGUGAUGUACUUUGCUGAUAUAGACGUGGAUAUAGUCCACUCAUAUUUGUGUCAUAAUUUCUGUUCAAAUUAUUCUAUCAAUGAGAAAAUUUGUAUUAAAGGUCUACAUGUAAAAUA